AUGACAACAACAGAAAAUAAUACGUCAGAAUUCAUUGAUGUCGGUGCAAUAUACACUGCUCCAGGUCAUGAUCCACCUUUAGGAGCUACCAGGAUCGAAAUUCGUUCUGGUCGUAUCGUCUCUCUUCGUUCAUUAUCUAUUGAAGAUUUGCAACCAGAGACAAGUCAUCUUCUUGCUCUACCGGCUAUCUCUAAUGCUCACGACCAUGGUUGCGGUCUACCUACGCUCUCCUUCGAUGCACCUGAUGAGACACUUGAAACUUGGCUACCCGCUCUUUCUUAUAAGCCUCGUACAGAUCCGUACGUACUCGCUGCAGUGGCCUUUGCACGCAUGGCUGAGAGUGGCAUAUGUGCCACGAAUCAUUGUCAUAAUACUCUAGAUCCUGACCUUCUAUUCAAUGAAGCCGAAGCGGUAUCACGUGCCGCUCGUGAUGUUGGCAUUCGUGUUGCUUUUGCUGUACCAUUUGUCGAACAAAACUUGCAUGUUUACGGAGAGAUUAACAACCUUCUCAAGUUUCUUCCAUCCGAGGAUCAUGCCACUAUACUGAGUUGGUCGUGGGUGUGGGUGAGGGUGUGGGUGGAUGUGGGUGUGGGUGUGGGGUGUGGGUGUGGGUGUGGGUGUGUGGGUGUGGGUGUGGGUGUGGGUGUGGGUGUGUGGGUGUGGGUGUGGGUGUGGGUGUGGGUGUGGGUGUGGGUGUGGGUGUGUGUGGGUGUGGGUGUGGGUGUGGGUGUGGGUGUGUGUGGGUGUGGU